AGCGCGUGUGGUGCAUUCCGGUCACAUUAGAAUAUUUGCUCCUCAAUUAGAGUAAAAUACAGAAAAAUACCCUAAACAUAGGAUUUAAACCAACAACCUCUUAAUUUAACCACAAUAAGUGUUUGUUUAAAAUCCAAUAAAUUUAAUCCGGCACAUUUUACAAGAAAAAGUAGAUUUAACAGAGGAGAUUUAAAUUUCCGAGUUACGUGAAGGCAACAUCGAGGUUAGCUAGUGGCUAACACCGCAAUGGACAAUGGUCCUUGUGUGUGCUCUCCUGUCACCCUGGAGGAAAACGGACUUCCAGCCUGUGACGGUUCUUACGCAGACGACGAGUUGGUGGACGCCUUCGGAGACCUGGCUGCCCUCCCGGUUGAAGUUGAGGAAAGAAGACCGACCUGUUUGCGCUGCCGUCGCCCUCAGAAGGUGUGUCUCUGUCCCUUUCUCCCGCAACAACCACUGGAGGUGUCCACAUGUCUGUACGUAGUGCAGCAUCCUGCAGAGGAAAGCCGAGUACUUCGGACUGUGCCUCUUCUUGCUGCUUGUUUGCCGCAGGGAAAAUGCAACGUUAUAGUAGGAAGGCGGUUUAAUGAGGACAAGCAUCCAGAGCUAGCCGCCGUGUGUCGGGAUGACAGAACGCUCAUCCUGUACCCCGGACCUAAAUCCCAGAACCUGGAGGAGUUGGCACAACGCCUGGAGAUCUCCGCCGUGAAGCACAAUGUGAUCAUUAUAGACGGCACGUGGAGCCAGGCUAAAAACAUGUUCCUAAAAAACAGCAUGUUCCACCUGCCCAAACAGGUCCAGCUUAACAGGAAUCUGUCGAGCCAGUACGUGAUCCGGACUCAGCCCUCCAACAUCUGUCUGUCCACACUGGAAUGCGCCGCCGUGGCCUUGUCGGUCCUAGAGCAGAACGAUGAGAUCCAAGAGAUAUUACUGAGGCCUUUGAAAGCCCUGUGCUCCUUCCAGCUGCAGCACGGCGCUCAGGUUCACCACAGCAAAGAGCAUCUGCUUCGAAACGGCAUGUACGACAAACCCAUGCCGAAAAACAAGCGCAAGAUCAAAAGGAUGGAGAAGCUAAUGACGGACCACAGCGUCUGUCCAAGAUGAGGACGAGGCUGGCAGCCCAGCACAGAGAGCGAUCUGGGGAAUAUCUUUGCACACAUUUUGUUUAAUAAUGUAGGACUGCAUCAUCUGGGUACAGGCGUGCAAAAAACUGGAUUUAGAAAAAGAGAAAAACAUUUUUAAACUACUUGUAUCAUGUUGGUGAUUUAAUUUAUAUCAUUGUUGUUCAAGUUCUUCUUAAAGAAUCGUGUUUUCCAGUAAAUCAGGUUUUUUAUUUGUUUUGUUUUUUUUCUUUUUCUAGAAAUUGUUCCACAUGAAAAUAUUGUUUAAUACCAACCAUGUAAUGCUGUUGUGUAUUAUGGUAGUCUCUCCUCUAUAAGGGCUGAUUCAUUUGUUUUUGCAAAGUGAAGUCUUAAAAGGAAUGUAUUUAAAUACAACAAUUACCAAAGUUGUACAAACAUUAGUUUUUCUUUUCAGUGGUCAGUUUACUGCCUGGAAAUGUAAAUAGAUUACUUGUAAAUAAAGCCUCUUUGACCUUUAA